UGUAGAUGUAGAGUCAUGAUAUUAAAAUGCAUAUAACUACGAACAAAUUUCAAUUCUAAAACAAUCUACGUUCGUAAAACAAGUGCAAUGCGUUGCUGGAAAUUACUGUAUUGAAAACUUCCGGUUUGGAAAAUUCCAGGAAUGUCCGUUCCCAUUUAUUUUUACUAAAUAUCUCGGGUAAUAAUUGUAAUAAAGACACAAGAUGUGAAGCGUUUCUUAGGAAUUUAUCUAGUUUCACGAGAAAUCCACCAACGAUGGGGAAUAUCAUCCAGAUAAUCGCCAAAUAUAUAAACUGCUGUAAAAAAGUCCGUCCACCAAAUCGCUCAGUGUAUAUCAAUAACAAGCACCCGCCGGGAGAAGUGUAUGUCGCAGAGAAAUUCCCCAACAACCGAAUUACAACUUCAAAGUACACAGCAUGGAACUUCUUGUUCCUGAAUCUUUUUGAACAGUUCCAGAGGGUGGCCAACUUUUAUUUUCUGUGUAUCGCAUUUAUAGAGGUUGUCAUUGACAGUCCAGUUAGUCCUGUUACCAGUAUAGUCCCCUUGGUGUUUGUCAUCACAGUUACUGCAAUAAAACAAGGUUAUGAGGAUUGGUUACGUCACCAAGCGGACAAUGAAGUCAACAAUAGAGCAUGCUGGGUAGUGAGAAAUGGCGAGUUGCGAGAAAUCAAGUCCCAUGAAAUAGUGGUUGGUGAUGUCUUAAGAGUCCAGAUGAACCAUCCGUUGCCAUGUGACUUGGUUAUGAUGUCAUCGCAUGACCCUGACGGAGAGUGUUACAUCACUACAGCCAACUUAGAUGGAGAGACCAACUUAAAGACAUUCUAUUGUGUGCCUGAGACACGUCAUCUUCAGACCUC